AUGAAAAGGGGGAGAGUUAGGAUUCUGUUGAAACGGGAAGAUGGGAGCCUCUGCAAUCCGACGUUUGAGGGAUUGAACUGCAUUUGGAUGGUAAUUGUUCAACAUGUAGAUCCAGUUGGGAGUGGGCUAGGGAAAGUGGUUGUCGUUGAAGCUGUCGGGCCCGACUGCGUUGCAUCUGGAGAAGCUACGCCCUUCAAAUUACUUGGGCUUAAGGAUGGCCAGCAGUAG